GACCUUGGUCACUUCCUCCAGAACCCUAGAGCCGCCAACAAUGGCGGACCUCCAAACCCUAGCCACGCCCGGCCCCGCCUCCGCCUCCACCAAGAAGCAUUCCAAGAAGCGCAAGGGCCUCGACGGUGAGGCCAAUUCCUCCAAAACCCCAGAGCCGUCACCAAUGGCGGACCUCCAAACCGACACACCCGUCCGCGCGUCCACCAAGAAGCACUCCAAGAAGCGUGGGGCCACCAACGCCUCCCUCAACGUCACCGUCGACGCCUCCCUCACAGGCGGCCGAACCACCGCCGCCGCCCCCGCGGUCGCCUACUUCCCCACCGGCUACGACCCCCUCGCCGCCACGGCGGCGGCGAAAGACGAGUCCUCCCCCAACGCGCGGCUCUUCCGGCACGAGAAGCACCCCACCUGGGUCGACCUCGUGGUCAGAAGCCCCGGCGGAGGCCCCGAUUUCGUCGGCCGGAGCUAUGCCGGUGAGGCCGCCACGCCGCAGCUCUGCGAGUACGCGCUCGGCGUCCUCGAUAAGGCCUCCGGCACCCUCAGGGUCGUCCCCAUAGCCGCCAACAAGAUUCUGAGGCUCGAGCCACAUCUCCAAGUGCAGCAGCCAGCGCAUUCGCAGCACUCUGAGGUGGCAUCAGAAGCCAGUUCAGUUGCAGGAAAUGAUGAAUUGAAGGUUCAAGAUCUUACCAUGAUGUAUGGAACCAAGACAGACAGGGAUAAGGAUAAUAAGUGGAGAUCAUUAAAUGAACAAAGGAAUGAUCCUUCUGCUUAUGAGGACAUUGACCUGGGAACCAGUAAUGUCAACACCAAUGACAGGCAGGAACUAAUUGUUCGGAACAUUCCACCUUAUGACCCUACAGCAGAUACAUCAGAAAAGGCUUAUAUUUUGGAUGAGAUUAUUCCAAAGACUAUGCGCCACCACCUUUUAGAAAUUGUUGACCAUUUUGAAUCAGGAGAAAUUUCUUCAAAAGGCUAUGGGACUUUUGUCUCGAGUCGUGUGCAGAAGUUACAGAAGCUUCAGGGUGAAGAUAAAGAGAGACUUGCUUGGAUACUGUCCUACGUCCAACAUCUACUGUCUUUAUUGGCACGGAAUGGUGCCAUGUCCAAGCGUCACAGUAAGGACAGAAAGGAAAACAAGGCGAACCAUGGACCCGUGACCCCACAGGCUGUAUAUCGCAACCUGUUGCUGACUUUUACAGAACCAGGGUCUAGUGCCAUAUCAUCAGAGAAAAACGAGCUCCUGAUCAACUACAUCUUGGUCCUGACACUUUUUGCUGAUGACUUCAAAUCCGAUCCUAAGGAUAUAUGUGUGGACCUGAAAAUGACCCGCCAGAUGAUUAAGCCAUACUUUGACCAGCUGGGAUGCAAAUCUGUGUCAUCAGGUGCUUUUGGGUCCUCUUUCAUGACACUUCCUGCCCCUCUCAAGUUCCCACAAGACGUUACAAGGAGAAAGCGACGACGGUAAUCACCAUAGGAAGGGAUUGAUGGUUAUUAUAUCUCAGAAAUGGAAUGCAAUACUUGAAAGUGAGUGUGAUUGGAAAAGGCUGUUUUGAGUUCUGAUACACAGCAAUCCAAUGCAAGUUAAGCCUGUAGGUGUUUGAACCAAUUUUGCAAUGUACUGAAAAUGACAGUAGUUUCAAAUUCAUUUUGUAGUCCGCUGUCCAUUGACAUUCCUGUCGAGAAAGGAAACAUAUCUUCUGUGUAUUGCUAGUUAUUUGCCUACCUGAGCGUAUCUGAAUGUUAGUUUUUGUUUUUUUGGUUAUGCA